ACUGACAGAACACUGCCAGAACACUGGCAGAACACUGGCAGAACACUGGCAGAACACUGGCAGAACACUGACAGAACACUGUCAGAAAACUGACAGAACACUGUCAGAACACUCGCAGAACACUGGCAGAACACAGACAGAUCACAGACAGAACACUGGCAGAACACAGACAGAACACUCGGAUAAUGGGAGACAGUCUGAGGACGAUACAGCUGACAUAUCUGGAGCUUUUUUAAACCACAGAGGAAACACUUUUGAUUAUUUCUGCCUGGAAAUAUCCUGUAUGAUCAUUCCUGCUAUGCUAGACUGUCUGGACCCUUUUGGGCUGUUUUCAAGGGGACUUGUCUAUUGAGUCUGUGUGGUAAGUGUGGCUGAUGGUAUCAGCCUGGUGUACAGUAGGCCAGUAGUGAACAAGCCUCUGGCAGCCUGGUAUGGUACAGUAGUGAACGAUGGGAGCUGUGCUGUAAGGAGCCCCAGUCUGGAUCAGUCUGCUAGACUACAGAGCUGUACUGUGUGCUGUAAGGAGCCCCAGUCUGGAUCAGUCUGCUAGACUACAGAGCUGUCUGACUCUGAGAAGUAAUGUGACCAACCGCUGACCGCUGUGAUUCAGACUCCGUUACUAGAUCGUGUUUUGGAUGGCAUUGGUUUGGUUGGGCUGUUUUUUCAGUUCACGUUACAGUCUUCACAGAGAAGAGUGGGUCUGAGGCGUAGCUUCAUUCAGACAGAGACAGACCGACAGGAGGAGAUGCUGCUGUGUUUGACGGCCGGGUGGACAGCAACCCUCUGACCGGCUCCAUCUCCCUCUAGCAGGAUCCCUGGCCUGAGACAACAUGCCACCUAAGAAAGGAGCAGCAGCCAAGAAAGGAGGAGGGAAGGAGGACAAGAAAGGAGGAGGGAAGGAGGACAAGAAAGGAGGGAAGAAAGAGGAGCCGGCUAAAGAUAAAGCAAAGGAUGAUGGGAAGAAAGGUAAAGGAAAGAAGUCAGAGGAGGAGGAGGAGGAGGUGCCAAGCGAGGAGGAAGAGGAGGAUGAACAGAGUGAGGAAGAGCAGAAAGCUCCACCGCCACAGAAAGGGAAGGGGAAGGUCGCUCUGAAGGGAGCCUCUAAAGCCGUAGCCAUGAAGGCUAUGGUCAAGCCGUCCCCCAAACGAGGCCAGCCCCCGCCCCCCGAGGACGACGACGAGGAGGACGAGGAGGUGAAGAAGCCGCAGAUGAAGAAGAUGGGAGUGUUGAACCUGAAGAAGAUGACUCAGGGGAACAUCAAGGGAACCAAGGCCAUGAUGGGGUUCACUGCCGAGGGACAGAAGAAGACAGUCGCCGCCCAGAAGGUCCAGAAGAAACAGGAAGCCAAGUCUCACCUGAAGGCUCUGAGCGGUCUGACCGGUAAGGCCUCACCCUUCUCUGCCUCCGCACCGAAACCCCCCCCGCCGCCGGUGAAGACCCAGCCCAAGAGGAACAUGAAGAGCACGUCUCGUCUGUUCCUCAGGAUGUCAGGACAUAAGAAGACCAAACCUCCCACCAACACCAAGCAGAUCCUAGGCACCACUAAGUUCUUCGCUGGCUUCGGGAAAUCCAAAUCUCCUCCUCCGGAGAAGCCAGCGCUGCCCAGCACCUCCAAGUUCUCCAUGUUCACCAGGAAGGAGGAGAAGCCCAAAGAGCCUCCUGGUAAGAAGGGCCUGCUGCUGUCUAACCUGGGGGCCCGCGGCCCCGCCGCCUCAGAGCAGGCUAAAGGACUGGGGGGGAAGUUUAAAGGAAUGUUUGUCAAGAAGAAGGACGAGAGCUCUGAGUCUGGGUUUAAGAGUAAAGGCUGGAUGCUGGGGAGGAUAGCGGGAGCUACUAACUGGCUGACUGGGAGAUUCCUGUCCUCUAAGGGCCAGGGGCGUCUGAGGGCAAGUAAGAAGCUGUCGUUCGCCAUGCGGGACCCCCGUGCCAGGCUGAGGGGGGGCUACUACAACGAGGACUAUGAGGAUGAUGAGGAAGAGGAAGAAUUCACCUAUGAUGAAGAUGAGUACGACCAGAGGUCCCGAGGUCGUUACGGACGACCUUUAACCUACGCCUCCUACGACCCCUACGGAGAGGUCACAGAAUACUGCGAGGACAAGUACGGUUACUACGACGACAAGGGCAACUACUACGACUACUACAGCGAGGACGACUAUGAGUACCGUGAUGAUGAGGUGGAGUACUACGACCCGUACCGUUGCUACGAUGACGGGUUUGACUACCUCGACCACAGGCAGGGGUUGACGAUGGAGGAGUAUUGUUACUACGGCGACGAUGGUCAGGAGUAUUACUAUGGCGAUGACGGACUGCUGUAUCCGAUGGAGACCGGGGAAUACGGUUACUACUACGACACUAAUGAGAUAUUGGAUUACUAUGACGACCAGUUGGGCUAUUACAACCCGCAGUACCUGGAUUAUGGGAUGUCUGAGCAGUAUGGGAUGUUGCCGGGUUACGAUGGUUUCUAUCUGUCAGACCAGUCCCUCCUGUACCACACAGACCCUGCUGCUGGGAUGAUGGGAUAUGCUGCUGUUGAUCAGUUCAACCCCUAUCCCUCCUACCCACUCCACCAAGCCUACCCUCAGCCCUACCCUUUCCCCAUGGAAGCUGUUCUGGAGUCAGUGCAGCCAGGGGUGGUGUACGGGGCUGACCAGCUGUCCUACCCAGCAGCUGUCCCAGGAUCAGACCAGUUCCGGCUGCCGCGGCCGCAGGUCAGGCUGUUUGGCAAGGAGAGAUUAGAGGUCGGCCACGCCCCCUCCUCCCCUCACCUGGCCCUCAAAGACCUGGACAUUAUGUCAGAGAUCCAGUACGAGCCGCUCCCCCUCCCCGAGUACACCCCCAGAUCUCACCCCCGGCCUCCCUCCCCCACCCCCACAGCCAAGCUCAUCCAGCAGGCCCACGGCCGCACCCCUCUCUCUGCCUCCCCCAGCCGGAUCUCCCUCACCCCUGUUGGAGUAACACAGCUCCCACUUCAUGACCCCCCCUUCUAUCACCACUCCCCCAUACCUCUAGAGCCUGUGUUCCAGCAAUACACCCCACAGAUGGGAGAGAUCUCUGGGAUGGGACCCUAUCCACCCAUGGCUUCUCCUUAUCCAUCGAUGGCUCCACAGAUGGGAGAGAUCUCAGGGAUGGGACCCUAUCCACCCAUGGCUUCUCCUUAUCCAUCGAUGGCUCCACAGAGGGCCACCCCAUUUUCCCCCAUGUUUUCCCCAAUGCCAGUGCGUCGUCUCGGCCCCCACCCGUCCCCUCAGCUCUCUCUAAGGCCUGGUUCUCCAGGUAUGGGGCGCGUCCCUCAUCCCACUCACCCCAUGGACCCCCACCUCUCCCCUCGGCUCUCCAGGAGGGGGAUUCCUACCCCCCAUCUGCCCCCCUCUCCGCUAGCCAGGAGGCGUACCUCCCCCCUCUCCUCGCCCCUCCCAUCCAGACGAGGCCCCUCCCUCAGGGCUCAGAGUCAGCCGUCCAGGAGGAGGAGACUCCUCUCUCACCCGUCUCACCCGUCUCCCCCCUGCUCCCCCCUGGCCAGUCCCCCCUCCUCCCCCCGAGGAUCCCUGAGGAAAAGGAGCCCUCCUCAUUCCCCCAGGCCCCCCUCCCCUCCUCUCUCCAGAGCUCGUCUGAUUGGAGGAAGGAAGCAACAAAGCACCUUGUCUCGCCCCUCCUCCCCCUCUGCCUCCCCUCUCAGAAGGAACCCCCCCCUCGGGGAAUACAGACCCCUGUCUCCAACAUUCCGUCCUGCCUCCCCCUCACCUAACCUCUCUUCCCCCCGCCGACUCUCCUCCCCCACCCCCUCCUGUAUGUCCAGCCGCCCCCUCCCUUCCCGCACCUCCACACGGCACCUCAGAGGGGGUCGUGGCCAGGUGCCCAUGGGGGCGGUGAAGCCCUCGCCAGGUAACCCCUACCUGCAGAGACGUAGUCGGCACGGCACCCCUCUCACCCAGAACGUGGCUCCCUUCAGGUCAUCGGUUCACAGUGUCGCCGAGGGCCAACCCUCCCCAGCAGGACAGCUGCAGGGCCCCGGCCCCUCCAUGUUGGCACGCUCAGUGUCCCGUCCGGGAGGGGUCAGGGAGUCGCAGCGGACCCCCCAGGGAUGUUUCCAUCGCCCCGUAGGGAGGGGCCACCCUCUCGUCCGCAUGCCCAGGAACCCACCUCCUGGCAGGCAGUCGUUCAGAGGCCAUCCUCUCUCCCCCCAGCCCUCCAUGAAGCAGCAGGGUGGUCCUCUCUCUCCACAGCCCUCUGUUAGACGCCCCUCCUCCCCACAACACAAGCAACCCUCUUCCCCCCUGCCGCCCCGUGCCCCCUCUCCCUUCCACCACUUCUCCCCAGCCUCCUUCAGACCUCCCCCCCACCACCCCAGUCUCCCCCAUCACUCCCAGGUCGUGACCCAGUACAACCACACUAUGGAGCCAGGAGCUUCUCCCUUACUGACCAACGCUCACCUUAGAGGAUUAAACUACACCUCCCCUCAGCAGCGGCCCCCCUCCCCCCAUCCCUCCCUCCAUUACGAUCCUCGUUCCUCCCCCCUCCAGAACCUGCGUAACACGUCCUAUAGUUCACCUGUACAGAGAGGCCCCUCCCCCUCGCCCGGUGGCCAGUUGAUGAUGUCAUAUGAUGGACAGGUUAGCCAGGGUUCCUCCCCUCAGCUGUCUAACGCCUUACAGCAGAACACUAACCUGUCUAACGCCUCCUACUCCUACCCCCUGGCCUCCUCUCCUCUCCAGAGGAAUGCCUCCCUCUACACCCCCGUCCUCUCCCCCUAUCAGACCCAGUCCUCCUCACCUCGUCUCUCCAGCACCGUGCUCAGCCCUCGGCUCCGCAACGCCUCCUACGCCUCCCCCGCUCUUCACAGACCUCCUCCACCCUCCUCCCCCACGCUGUCCACCACUCUUAGCACCUCCCACCACCUACAGGGGUCAGCGUUCCGCCUACCUGACGGUUCCGUGAUGAUGUCGGGGGGUUCCGAGGGGAACAAGAGCAGUGGAGGUUCUCCCGGUUCUGUCUCUCUGAUGUCUAAUGCUCUGCAGAACACUAGCAUGAGACAAGCUACCUACCGUCUACCAGACGGUUCUCUGGUCACCAGGACUGAACCCAAUCCUCAACCAUCCUCCUUCUCUCCAAACCUCUCCUCCGCUCUCCUCAACCCCAACAUGCAACAGGCUACGUUUAAAUUACCAGAUGGGACGCUAGUAACCCAGAACGAGCCUCAACCGAUUCCCUCUCCCUCCUUCUCUCCGAAUCUCUCCUCAGCUCUUCUCAACACAAACCUCCGCCAGGCUACGUACAGAUUACCGGAUGGAACUCUAGUAACCAGGACUGAACAAACUCCUCAGCCAUCCUCUCCGAUGCUCUCCUCUGCUCUCCUCAACCCCAACAUGCAACAGACUACGUAUAAAUUACCAGAUGGGACGCUAGUAACCCAGAAUGAGCCUCAACGGAUUCCCUCUCCCUCCUUCUCUCCGAAUCUCUCCUCAGCUCUUCUCAACCCAAACCUCCGCCAGGCUACGUACAGAUUACCGGAUGGAACUCUAGUAACCAGGACUGAACAAACUCCCCAGCCAUCCUCUCUGAUGCUCUCCUCUGCCCUCCUCAACCAGAAUCUUACCAAGGCUACAUACCGUUUACCAGACGGAACUCUAGUAACCAGGAACGAGCCUCCACAACCUUCUUCUCCUAACCUCUCCUCUGCCCUCCUCAACCAGGAUCUUACCAAGGCUACGUACAGAUUACCGGAUGGAACUCUAGUAACCAGGAACGAGCCUCCACAACCUUCUUCUCCUAACCUCUCCUCUGCCCUCCUCAACCAGAAUCUUACCAAGGCUACGUACAGAUUACCGGAUGGAACUCUAGUAACCAGGAACGAGCCUCCACAAUCUUCUCCUAACCUCUCCUCUGCCCUCCUCAACCAGAAUCUUACCAAGGCUACGUACAGAUUACCAGAUGGAACUCUAGUAACCAGGAACGAGCCUCCACAACCUUCUUCUCCUAACCUCUCCUCUGCCCUCCUCAAUCAGAAUCUUACCAAGGCUACAUACCGUCUACCAGACGGAACUCUAGUAACCAGGAACGAGCCUCCACAACCUUCUUCUCCUAACCUCUCCUCUGCUCUCCUCAACCAGAAUCUUACCAAGGCUACGUACAGAUUACCAGACGGAACUCUAGUAACCAGGAACGAGCCUCCACAACCUUCUUCUCCUAACCUCUCCUCUGCUCUCCUCAACCCUAACGUCCGUGGAGCCUCCUAUAGGGGGGGGUCUCUGGCCCCCCCUAGCCCCUCCCCCAACCUGUCCAAUGCUCUCCAGAACCAGAACCUGCGUUCCGCCACUUACAGACUACCUGAUGGGACCUUAGUGACCCGGGCCCAGCCUAGCACUCCCCAGCUCUCCAACGCUCUACAGAACCAGAACCUGCGUUCAGCUACGUACAGACUUCCUGACGGGAGCCUGAUGACGAGACCUGUUCCCGCCACCCCCCAGCUUGGCAAUGCCCUACAGAACAAGAACCUCCGUGGGGCUUCCUACCGCCUGCCCUCCUCGCUGGAGGAGCCUGGAGGGGGGCGAUACGCCGUGGUCAUGCCCCAGGUCCAGGGCUCUGGGCCGGGGCAAGGGGCAGGGCAUCACUGGGCUCAGGACCCAGGGCCUGGGAUGGGGACACAGCCUAGGGGUCCAGGGGAGCAGGUGGAUGUGUGGGGGUCAGAGACAGUGCUGCCCCACCCAACCGUCCAGAACCUCACCAAGUGGUCCAUGUACCGGGAUGAGGAGCUGCUGGAUCCCCCGGGGCCCCCCCACCAUGGACAGAGAGAGAUGGACCUGGAGCCGGACUGGGCUCCUAACAGGGAAGGGGAACCCACUGGGCCCUGGUACGAUAAGAUGUACUCCAUCCGCAGCCUGCCCAGCAUGGUGUACCGGGAGCAGCCAGAGGAAGACGGAGUAGAGGACAUGACGCAGCUGGAGGAGCUGUCUGAGGGAUCUGUGCUGCUCAACCUGAAGAAGAGGUUUGAGAGAGAGAUCAUCUAUACAUAUAUAGGUAGUAUCCUGGUCUCGGUGAACCCCUAUAGGAUGUUCAACAUGUACGGAACUGACAUGGUGCUGAAGCACAAGGGAACCGCUCUGGGAGAGAACCCUCCACACCUGUUUGCCAUAGCAAACGUCUCCUACACCAAAAUGAUGGAUGCCAAACAGAACCAGGUUAUUAUAAUCAGUGGGGAGAGUGGAUCAGGGAAGACUGAGGCCACUAAACUGCUGCUGCGUUACCUAGCAGCAAUACACCACAAACACAACGUUACACAACAGAUUCUUGAGGCAGCUCCUCUUCUAGAAUCCUUUGGAAAUGCCAAAACAGUUCGCAACGACAACUCCAGUCGCUUCGGGAAAUACGUGGAGAUCUAUCUGGAGGAGGGUGUGAUCAGCGGUGCCAUAACCUCUCAGUAUCUGAUGGAAAAGUCCCGUAUAGUCUUCCAGGCCAGAGAUGAGAGGAACUAUCAUAUCUUCUAUGAGAUGCUGUCAGGUCUUCCCCCCCAGCAGAGGCAGGCCUUCUACCUGCAGGAGGCUGAGACAUAUUAUUACCUGAACCAGGGGGAUUGUGGGAUAGCAGGAAAGAGUGACAGGGAGGACUUCCUCCGUCUGCUGGCUGCUAUGGAGAUCCUUCACUUCACCCCUGACGACCAGGCGUCCAUCUUUAGAGUCCUGUCUUCUAUUCUACACCUGGGGAACGUCUACUUCCAAAGAUAUGAGGCGGAUGGCCAGGAGGUGGCGUCUGUGGUCAGUGCUCAGGAGAUCAGAGUCGUAGCUGAGCUGCUCCAGAUCUCCCCUGAGGGACUCCAGAAGGCCAUCACACACAAAGUCACGGAGACCAUGAGGGAGAAGAUCUACACCCCUCUGACGGUAGAGAGUGCUGUAGACGCCAGAGAUGCUGUUGCCAAGAUCCUGUACUCUCUGUUGUUCCACUGGCUGACUGAGAGGAUUAAUGGACAGGUGUAUCCUCGACAUCACGCUCUGUCAAUAUCUGUGCUGGAUAUAUAUGGCUUUGAGGACCUGUCCUUCAACAGCUUUGAGCAGCUGUGUAUUAACUAUGCUAAUGAGUACCUGCAGUUCUUCUUCAAUAGGAUCGUCUUCAGACAGGAGCAGGAGGAGUACAACAGGGAGCAGAUCCCGUGGCAGGACAUCCCGUUCAGCGACAACCAGUCCUGCAUCGACCUCAUCUCCUCUAAGCCCCAUGGGAUACUGAAGAUCCUGGAUGACCAGAGCUGCUUUCCCCAGGCGACAGACCACACCUUCCUCCAGAAGUGUCAUUAUCACCAUGGUAACAACAAGAUCUACCUGAAGCCAAAGAUGCCCCUCCCAGAAUUCACCAUCAAACACUUCGCUGGCCCAGUCACCUACCAGGUUCACAAGUUUCUGGAUAAAAACUACGACCAGGUUGGACAGCAGGUUCUCGAUCUGUUCAGCCACAGCAAGAACAAGAUGGUGGCCAACCUCUUCCUGGUUCAUGCGGAGGUCGUAGGUCAGCAUAGAGGUCAUGUGAGGAAGAGCAGCACGGUGACCCGGAGACACCAGCCCCCCACCGUCUCCACCAAGUUCACCCUGUCACUUCUGGAACUGGUAGACAAGAUGGAGAGGUGCAACCCAUCGUUUAUACGCUGCAUAAAGCCAAACAGACAGAAGGAGCCAGGUGUGUUUGAGACGGAGAUGGUCGGCAGUCAGCUGAGAUAUUCUGGUAUCUUGGAGACCAUCAGGAUCCGGAGAGAGGGUUACCCUGUUAGACUGGCCUUCAACAUCUUCCUGUUCAGGUACAAGUCUCUGGUGGGUGUGAAGCAGCCUCCAGCUCCUGAUGGGGAGAACUGUGUCAUCAUGCUCAGCAAACUGGUUCCCCUCCGACCCGGGGCCUACCAAGUAGGCGUGACUAAGCUGUUUCUGAAGGAGGACGUGUACCAGUUGUUGGAGUCUAAGAGAGAGCGUGUCCGUCAGGUGGCGGCCCUCACCCUGCAGAGAUACACACGCAUGUUCUUUGUCAGGAAACGAUACAAGGAGUUCAGAACCAAGAUCAUCAGACUACAGGCCUACUGUAGAGGCUUCCUCACCAGGAAGCACUAUUUGAAGAUGAGAAAGAGUCUGGUCAAGUUUCGUUCUCUCAUCCACAUGUACGUCACCCGCAAGAGAUACAUCAAGAUGAAGCUGGAGGCCCGCAGGAAAGCAGAGGAGGAGAGGAGGAGGAGAGAGGAGGAGCUGACGAAGAGAGAGGUGGUUAACGUCACACACCUGGUGAUCCCUGCCGAGCUUGGCUCUUUACUGCAGGCUGCAUCAGGUGGCAGAGAGCUCCAUUCUGAGUGUCUAGCUCUGGUCCAGGCACCACACAUCCAGGAGCAGAACCAGCUGACUCUGCCUCUGGACAUCAACGACUACCCCUUCAGCCGCUACGCACAACUCUACUUCAGGGUGCCAAUGUUUGGGAUGCUAAUGGUUCCUUUGGAGAGGACCCUGACAUGUACAGAUGAGGACCUCCGACAGGAAUCUCUGGAGCUGUUCGUUAUGAUCCUGAGGUUCAUGGGCGACCCCCACCUGAAUGGGGCUCAGGAGAACCUGUUUGGGAACUACAUCAUCCAGAGAGGACUGGCCAAUCAGGGCCUGCGAGACGAGAUCCUGGCUCAGCUGGCCAACCAGGUGUGGCGGAACCCUAACCAUGACAACGCAGAGAGAGGCUGGCUGCUGCUGCUGGGGUGUGUCUGCUGCUUCCCCCCCUCCGCCAGGCUGCACACACACCUACUGAAGUUUGUGUCUGACCACGCCCCUGCUGGUUGCCGGGCGCUGCUGCAGCACCGGCUGAUCCAGGCCAAUCAGAAGUCCCGGCUAUUAUCAGGCUCCGCCCCUGAGACAGCACGCACCUAUCCACUGUCUCUGUUGGAGUGGACAGCCAAUAGGAAGAGGGCUAACAUGGUGCUGCAGGUGUCCUGCUUCGACGGAGAAUCGUUCCUGUGUCCUGUCCAAUCCUGGACCAGUGGAGAAGAUCUGGCGGGAGACAUCCUGCGACACAGGGGAGUGUGUGAGGCGUGGAGGGGGUUUUCUAUACUGAUGAAGGAGCAUGGGCAGUGGGCGGAGCUAGCCGGUCAUGAUUACGUCAUGGAUCUGAUCUCAGACUUGGAGCUGCCGUCCGAUUUCCCCAAACAGAAGAGUUACUUCAUCAUCUCAGCUGAGGAUCCUAAUAGGGUUCGAACCAACGCCAGCCUGACUCUGUUUGGCAGUGGUUUUGACAGUGAUGAAGAGCUGCCCCCGCCCUUCAUCAGCGCCACCCAACCUGCGUACAGCCUACCAGGCUCUGACGGAUACUCCAGCCACGUGGAGUCUGAUGUGUUCAGCGAUGGUCAGACUCAGAGAGGGGUGGAUCGCUACCUGGACAGCCUCUUCAACCCUGUGUUAUCAGAUGGCGGCACGGACCUGGACAAGCCAGCCAGUAUGACAGGCCGGAUGAAGGGAGGAGGAGGAAUAGGAGGAGGAGAGGAGGAGAGGGGUCAGGCCCCCUCCAGCAGACCAUAUCCCCCAGGACUACAGCCCGGAGGUUCUCCAGAACAGACAGGGAUGGCUCAGCAGCAACAGACCAUCAUCAACCAGCAAGCCAUCAUACUGGCCCAGCAGAUGACCAUGCAGGCCAUGGCUUUCCAGCAGCAGAUGUUGUCUUCCUUCCCCCUCGCCCCCCAGGCCCCUCCCACACAACCACCACCCCGCACCUCCAGCCAUACUGAAGAAGCUCCAGAGAGCCCUUACCAGGCCAGCCUGAACCCCGCCCAGCACCACCCUUCCUCCAGGAAACACACUGCGACACGAGUGGCCCCUUCUGAUGACAUGGUGCGGUCCAGGGCCCCCCCUCCUGAUGACUUGGUGCGGUCCAGGGCCCCCCCUCCAGAAGGAGGGGUCCAGUCCGAUGCGUCUAACUCAGAAAGCCCCUCCCACAACAUCAAGGACAUGAUCAGACAGUACCAACACCCAUCUAACCCUGCACACAGCCAGCCUGCACACACACACAGGAGGGGGGAGGGGAAGAUGUUUACAAAGAAGCCGGACCCUCAUGAUGAAGCCAUGUAUAUCCUGAAAGACCAGAUGGCCAACCCACCACCACAGAAGUCUUUCUCUCCGGCGGCGCCUCGGGAACCAAAGGAGGAGGGUGGAUCCAAAGUCACCAAGGCAACAAAACCCCGCCCACCUGCCCUAGCCGACUCCCACAGCAGCCCCCUCCCCCCACCAGUGUCCAGAGAGUUGCCUGUAGAGGAAGAGACCAGCCAGACCCAGCUACACCACAGGAGCAGUGAAGAACACUACACUUACACUAACACACCCUGGAAGAUUUACCUGAGGAAGGAGGUGUUCUACCCUAAAGACAACUUCAACACUCCUCUGUUGCUGGAGCUGCUGUUCAGACAGAUAGUCCACGACACCUUCUCAGAGGCCUGCCUCCGCAUCACUCAGGAGGAGAGGACCAAGAUGAAGGCUCUGUUUGUGGAGCACCAGGUGGGUCAGGAUGGAGCCACACAGGAUGAGAGUGUGAAGAAGAAGAUCGUGACGAUGGCCAGAGACUCCUGGGAAAUAUAUUUCUCACGACUGUUCCCUGCCUCGGGCAGUGUGGGUACUGGGGUGCAGGUGGUCUCUGUGUCUCAUCGAGGCAUCAAGCUGCUGAAGAUGGUGAGAAGCAGCGCUGUUGUCCCAGACUACUUCAGAGUGCUACACCCUUACAGUUACGCAGACAUCCUGUUUGUGUCCAUUCCAUCUAAGAACAUGUUGGAGUUUAACCUGACCAAUGAGAAGCUGAUUCUGUUCUCCGCCAAGGCUCCACAGGUUAAACACAUGGUGGACUACUUCAUCACAGAACUGAAGAAGGACUCUGAGUAUGUGGUCGCAGUGAGGAACUACAUCACAGAGGACAGAACUCUGCUCAGCUUCCACAAGGGAGACAUCAUCAGAUUACACAGCGUGGAGGGGCUGGAGGAGGGCCGAUGCUACGGCUGCAUCGUCAGGAAGAAGGUCAUGUUGCUGGAGGAACUAAAGAGAGAUACUCCUGAGUUUGGCUGGCGGUACGGGGCGGUGUACGGACGGUGGGGUGUGUUUCCAGGUGAGUGUGUUCAGCCGGUGGCCGCUCCAGACUUCCUGAUUCUCCCUGCUGAGAGGGCGGAGCCUCGUGACAGACACGGCCGUGUUGCCGCCUCCGCUGCAAUCGCCGUGGCGAUGGGCUCUACUGUCGCCGCCCAUGAACUGGACCUCAACACAGAGGCUGUGGUAGGGUAUGGUGAGGACAGCAGCAGUCUCCAUCUAGAGGGACUUCCUCUACAGGCCAGUCAGUACACCAUGGAGGAGUUCUCCAGGAAGUACUACAGACGGGCUCAGAGACACAGGGACCAGCUGAAGACCAGGAAGGGGAAGGAGAGCAGAGAACCAGCUGACAUGGUUACAUACUCUAAGUCCCCUCUCCAGGAGUCUCUGAUAGACUUCACAGACAGCAACAUGAACAAGGUGGCAGCUGACAUCUCCCUGGCUGUGAUGAAGUUCAUGGGAGACUACCCUCUGAAGGGACAGACAGAACAGGACCUGGUCUCAACGAUCCUAAAGCUCAGUGGGGAGUAUGUUCUGAUGAAAGAUGAAGCCUACUGCCAGGUGAUGAAACAGGUCACAGGAAACACCAGCUCCAAAACGGACAGUUGUCAGAGAGGCUGGAGGCUACUCUACAUCCUGACUGCGUUCCAUCGCUGUUCUGAGGUCCUGAAGCCCUUCCUUUUAACGUUCCUGCUGGACGCCUGCUCUGGUCCUGGAGUCCACUACCAAGGUAUAGCCAAGGCGUGUGAGCAGAACCUGAGGAGGACCUUCCAGUACGGAGGAAGAAUCGAACACCCCAACAGCAUGGAGCUGAAGGCCAUGCUGGCUGGGCGGAGCUCCAAGAGACAGUUGUUCCUCCUACCAGGCGGCAUCGAGAGACACCUCAAAAUCAAGACCUGCUCAGUGUCUCUGGAUGCUAUAGAGGAGCUAUGUAAUGACAUGGGACUGCACAGACUGGAGGCCAUGGAUGAGUACGCUGUAUUUGUGGUCACACACCGAGGUCAGAAUGUCCGUCCCCUCAAUAAGAGGGAGUACAUCCUGGACAUUACUACAGAGGCGGAGACAGUGGACAGUAACUACAGCCUGUGGUUCAGGAGGGUCAUCUGGACACAGCCGCUUAAAUUUGACAACGAGCUCUGUGUCACCAUGCAUUAUAACCAGGUGUUACCAGACUAUCUGAAGGCCUUGCUGAGUGUGGUUCCUCAGAGUAAAGCCAGUGAGCAGCAGCUGCAGCAGUUGGCCAAGCUGGCAGCAUUACAACACCGUGCUAAAGAUACCGUCUUCCUGCCCACCAUUGGUGAGGUCCAGGAGUAUGUCCCCUCCCAGCUCUACAUCAGACAGCCUCCUCAGCCCUGGCUCAACAUGGUCACUCAGCAUAUGCAGCAGGUCUCUCCUCUGAGUCCUCACCAGGCCAGGGCUCAGUUCCUCGGUCUGGUCAGUGCGUUCCCCAUGUUUGGUUCCUCCUUCUUCUACAUCCAGUCCAGCAGCAACAUCUCCAUCCUGGCUCCCUGUGUGUUGGCUGUCAACCAGAACGGACUGCACUUCCUACACAAGGACUCACAUGAGGCCACGGCGCGUUACCCUCUGAAUGAGAUCCAGUCCACCAGAACCCAGAGACCAACAGGAGGCUCCAGCUCCUCCUAUCCCUACGUAGACAUUCUGCUGGGAGACCUGCUGACACAGCGAAUCACACAGCUGCAGCUGGAACAGGGUCUGGAGCUGUGUCGGGUCAUUGCCAUGCACAUGGAGAACAUGCUGUCAGUCCGGGAGAAGAGACUCACCCUGCCACCGAGUGAGAUCACUCUGUUAUAACACACUGUCUGUCUGUCUGUCAGUCAGUCUGUCAGUCCGGGAGAAGAGACUCACCCUGCCACCGAGUGAGAUCACUCUGUUAUAACACACUGUCUGUCUGUCAGUCAGUCAGUCAGUCAGUCAGUCAGUCAACCAGCUACUCAGUCAGUCAGUCAGUCUGUCAGUCCGGGAGAAGAGACUCACACUGCCACCGAGUGAGAUCACUCUGUUAUAACACACUGUCUGUCUGUCUGUCUGUCUGUCUGUCUGUCUGUCUGUCUGUCUGUCUGUCUGUCUGUCUGUCUGUCUGUCUGUCUGUCUGUCUGUCUGUCUGUCUGUCUGUCUGUCUGUCUGUCUGUCUGUCUGUCUGUCUGUAGUAGAUGGUGUUAGUUAGUAGUAGAUGGUGUUAGUUAGUAGUAGAUG